AUGAAGUGGUUAAUAAUUAUAUACGCAAUAGUAAUAUUGGCCAUUGGUGCGAGUGCAAAAUCACCUAGUGGUGGGUACGCUCCCGGAAAGGCUAAAUGCCCGAGUAAGAAAAGUUUAUUAAGAGAAGCCAAAUCAAUAUCCAGUGAAGAAAAGAAAUGGCUCAAGGAAAGACAAAAGAAAACUAACCAAGCAUUGAUAACCUAUUUAGAUAAUGCUAAUUUAACUGACUUUGAUGCUGAAGGAUUUCUCGGGCAGAAUACGUCGCUGAGUGUAAAUAUUGGAUUGGCAUUUUCCGGCGGAGGGUAUAGGGCGAUGUUAGUUGGGGCUGGCCAGUUGGCCGCGUUGGAUAAUAGGACGGAAAAUGCUGAUACGCAUGGCCUUGGAGGAAUACUACAAAGCUCGUCUUAUAUCAGUGCAUUGUCAGGUGGUGCCUGGUUGCUAGGAUCGUUGGCAAUGCAAGAGUGGCCUUCGGUUCAGGAUGUCGUGAUGCAUAAUCCUAAUGAUCUUUGGAAUUUAACUUUCAGCAGGCAACUUGUUAAUCAGACUAGUCUACUUGGACUUAGUGUACCAUUAUUAACUGCAAAUUUGAGUGAAGCUUUGACUCAUUUAAAUCACUGGCAAGACGAUGAUGGCAAGGGAAUUGGAUACGAUUUGAUAUCCAAAAGUGAGGCAGGAUUCAACACAACCUUAACAGAUGCGUGGGCGAGAGCAUUAGCUUAUCAGCUAUCCACCGAAGGUAAGGAUGAUUAUGGAUCAUCUGCAACCUUUUCCGAUAUUAGAGAUAAGAAGAGUUUUGCAAACCAUGAAAUGCCGUUCCCUAUUUUAAAUGCUCUUGCAAGGCAACCAGACUCUAUUUUAUACGAUGAAAAUUCUACUGUCAUUGAGUUUAAUCCCUAUGAAAUGGGUUCAUUUGAUUCAUCCAUAAAUUCGUUUACUGAUAUUAAGUAUCUUGGAACUAACGUGAACAAUGGGGUUCCAGUAAAUGGUACAUGCAUUGAAGGCUUUGACAAUGCAGGCUUUAUUAUGGGUACUUCAUCCUCAUUAUUCAAUCAAUUUUUAAAUACGUUAGCCUGUGAUGAUUGUACAACUUUGAAUUUCCUUUUAAAGCCAUUAGUGAAACGAGUAUUAACCAAAUUAUCCAGAUCCUACGAGGAUGUUGCACUUUACAAGCCAAAUCCAUUCUAUAGGUCUGAACAUGCCACUCCGGGAAAACUUAUCAAAAAUGAAUCUCUCUACCUCAUCGAUGGUGGAUUAGGUGGACAAACUAUUCCAUUAGCAACCAUGAUGACAAAGGAAAGAGCUAUGGAUGCGGUAUUUGCGUUUGAUAACGAUGCAUGGUCAAAUGGAUCAUCAUUAGUGGCAACAUACGCAAGGCAAUUCUCUAACCAUGGUAAAUCACAAAUUUGCCCUUAUGUUCCUGACGAACAAAACUUUUUAUACCAAAAUUUAACAGCCAAACCAACAUUCUUUGGCUGCGACGCUUCCAACAUGACGGAUUUGGUAAAGGACGGAGUUAUUCCUCCCGUGGUCAUCUACAUAGCUAACAGACCUUUUGAGUACAUGACGAAUACUUCAACGUUCAAGAUGAUGUACACUGACAAGGAAAAGAAAGCCAUGGUGCAGAAUGGAUUUGAUACUGCAACCAGGGCCAACAUGACAAUUGACGAAGAAUGGGCUGCUUGUGUCGGCUGUGCAGUUAUCAGGCGUGAACAAGAAAGAAGGGGCUUGGAGCAAUCAGACCAAUGUAAAAAGUGCUUUAAAGACUACUGCUGGAACGGAGAUAGAGUAAUAUUCGAUCGUACCUACUAUACUCCAGUGAAUUUCACAAUGACUGGUAAAACAAAUGGAAGCAUGGACGUGGAUACGAUCCGUGAUCCUGAUUUGUUGACUGGUGUAUCAUCUCUCUUGAAGAAAAGAGACACAGGAGAUGUUCCGAUGCUUCUUUCGCCAGAAGAAGAUGAUGAUCAUACUGAAAAAAUUGUACCAAUAAUUCCUUAA